UCCACGCUUCGCGUCGCCCGUCAGCCGAAUAUUUAAACCUCGACCUUUCUCGUCGUCUUCUGCCUUCUGGCGACAGGAAAACGGCAUCCUACACGCGAGACCCACACGACACGAUCACCCGGGUCGAAGAGCAUACAGUAUCAGAGUCCUCUUAUGGCCUCUCACAUCAUUCUGCCCAAGGAGGAGGAGGAGGAGGAGGGGCUAGGCGUGGCGGUGGAGGCGGACCACGACUCGCCGGAGCCGCCGCGGUACCAGGCGGAGCCCGUCCCGAAGGCGCUGCCGUUCUCGGCCACGUGCGUGCGGAUCUCCCGCGACUCGUACCCCAACCUGCGCGCACUCCGCAACGCCUCUGCCGUGAGCCUCCGUGACGACGACGCCGACUUCGUCAAGCUCGAGGAGGGUGACUACGGCUACGUCCUCGACGACGUCCAGCACCUUACCGAUUACCUCCCCGAGCUCCCCACUUUUCCUAACCCAUUGCAAGAUCACCCUGCCUAUUCAACCGUCAAGCAGUAUUUUGUCAAUGCUGAUGACACUGUACCAGAAAAGGUGGUUGUUCAAAAGAACAGCCCACGGGGAGUUCACUUUCGUCGUGCUGGACCACGUCAGAGGGUCUACUUCGAACCAGAAGAUGUGAAAGCAUGCAUUGUAACAUGUGGAGGACUUUGCCCUGGGCUUAAUACUGUCAUAAGAGAGUUGGUGUGUGGCUUGUCCCACAUGUACAAUGUCAACGAUGUGUUUGGAAUACAGAAUGGAUACAAGGGCUUCUAUUCAAGCAAUUAUCUUCCCAUGACACCAAAAAGUGUCAACGAUAUCCACAAAAGGGGUGGUACAGUUCUUGGAACUUCACGUGGUGGUCAUGAUACCAGAAAGAUUGUUGACAACAUUCAAGAUCGUGGAAUUAAUCAGGUUUACAUUAUUGGAGGAGAUGGAACUCAGAAGGGAGCAUAUGAGAUAUUUAAGGAAAUUCGUAGACGUGGUCUAAAAGUCGCCGUUGCUGGUAUUCCCAAGACAAUUGAUAAUGAUAUAGCGGUUAUAGACAAGUCCUUUGGUUUUGACACUGCCGUAGAAGAGGCCCAGCGUGCCAUUGAUGCAGCUCAUGUGGAAGCUUCAAGUGCUGAGAACGGAAUAGGCUUGGUGAAACUGAUGGGUCGUUACAGUGGGUUUAUUGCAAUGUGUGCUACUCUGGCAAGCAGAGAUGUGGAUUGCUGCUUAAUUCCUGAAUCCCCAUUCUAUUUGGAAGGGGAGGGUGGACUGUUCGAGUAUAUAGAAAGGAGGCUGAAGGAGAACAACCAUAUGGUUAUUGUUGUGGCUGAGGGGGCAGGACAGGAUCUUAUUGCUAAAAGUAUACCAGCAGCAGAUCAACUAGAUGCAUCUGGAAAUAAACUGCUUCUUGAUGUUGGUCUGUGGUUGACUCACAAGAUUAAGGAUUAUUGCAAGAGCAAAAAGAUGGAGAUGACUAUUAAAUACAUAGAUCCAACCUACAUGAUCCGUGCCAUUCCAAGCAAUGCUUCAGACAAUGUCUACUGCACACUGCUGGCACACAGUGCCAUUCAUGGUGCAAUGGCAGGAUAUAGCUCCACAGUAGGAAUGGUCCAUGGCAGGCAUGCAUACAUACCAUUUCAUAGGGUAACAUCAACUCGGAACAAGGUUAAGAUAACUGACAGGAUGUGGGCAAGGCUACUGUCUUCAACAAACCAGCCGAGCUUCCUGACCCAGAAAGACAUCGAUGAGGCCAGAGAGGCCGAUAGGUUGGCCAACAGGCCACCUGUGCCAGCGGGCACCUCUGAGCUCCGGGAGCAUACGGAGAAGCACCCAGCGUCGGAGUCAGCAAAUGGCUCCGGCGACGUCCAAGAGCCUCUCGCGUCGGAAUCGCCACGUCCGCACCAGCCCGCCACCGUCUUCGCUGCCACUACGACCUCUGCACCUGCCUCAUCCGCGACAACUUGCGUGGAGGACUCGAGAACGCUUGAAGAUGACAUGGGCGCAACUGGACCUCCAGAGACGCCGGAACGAGAUACAGAAACACCACCACAGGAGGCCGAGGAAACUGAGCGAACAAAAGAGGAGAAGCAGAAGCCUGAGCAGCCAGAGACGCCGGAGCGCAGCGAACCGCCGCCGCGAGCCGCGGAACACGCACGUGCUGACGACGCUCAGCCGGCGGCGGACGUCGACACGUUCAAUCCCGACGGCUGCACCACGCCGCAACCGGCGCACGGCUCGGAAUGGCCCGACGAUCACGGUAGCAGCAGCAGCCCACGCAGGGAGAAGACGAAGCCGGAGCCGGAGCCGGCGGGCGCGAGCGGCAAGCGGCCGGACGUGGCCUCCUCCUCCAAGUUUAAUCUGUUCGCGUUCAGGUCGUUCUCGCGGGACAAGAAGAAGGGCGAGAAGUCUGGGGUCGCGCUCGCGGCGACCGCGGAGGGACGGGCGCCAUCGCAACAAGACCGGCCGGCGCAAGGCAAGACGUGGGAGGAGGCUGACAAGGACAAGGGCAAGAAGGCGAGAUGGAAAAGGUUCUGGAAGUGAACGUGGCGUGUUGUUUUGCGCCAUGCCGUCCGUGCAUGUCAAUCGCACGGUACGGCCGUACGGGCGCCCGGUCGUGGCGCGUUUCCAACAUUUCCGUUGAUUUUUCUCCGUUGUAAUAGUUUGCGGACGAUUUCAAUUUCUAUUGACGUCGUUGUAAAACUUUGAUGUUCUAA